GAGGCAAGCUCUCGUCACUCACUAUCUCCUCACUUUCCCACUCCCAAUCAUACAGAGAGAAAUUGAGAGUGUGUCUAAAGCCGCAAAAAUGCCUUCCCCACCAACUGAAAUCACUCUGAUCUCCAAAUGCACUGUCUUCCCGGACCAGAAAUCCACUCUGGAAGACCUCAAGCUCUCCGUAUCCGACCUCCCUAUGCUCUCCUGCCACUACAUCCAAAAGGGCGGCCUCUUCACUCUCCCAACUUCUCUAUCCAUGGAAUCCAUGAUUUCUAAUCUCAAGCGCGCCCUGUCUCAGGCGCUCUCUCAAUUCCCUCCUCUCGCUGGAAGAUUGAAGACCGACUCCGACGGAUACGUCUACAUCACCUGCAACGACGCCGGCGUUGAUUUUAUCCAUGCCAGUGCAAAUUAUCUCUAUAUUCGCCACAUAAUAUCGCCAAUUCACGUACCGGAGGAAGCCAAGUGCUUCUUCGCAUUUGAUAGAACAGUUAGCUAUGACGGCCAUACCAAACCGCUCAUGGCCGUCCAGGUCACGGAGCUAGCCGACGGUGUGUUCAUUGGAUGCGCGGUGAACCACGCGGUCUCUGACGGAACCUCGUUCUGGAACUUCUUCAACACCUUCGCCGAAAUGUCGAGGGGAAUCAGGAAAAUCUCGAAGCAGCCUGAUUUUCGCCGGGACUCGAUACUGAUAUCGCCGGCGGUGUUGAGAUUCCCUGACGGCCCCCCGAAGGUGACCUUCGAUGAAAACGCGCCUUUAGGGGAACGAAUUUUCAGUUUCAGUAGAGAAUCGAUCUUGAAAUUGAAACAUAAAGUCAACGAUAAGAAACUGACCGAUAACGGAGGCAUUAACGUCGUCGAAUUGCUCGGGAAGCAAAGUAACGACACGUAUCAUAGCAAUCACAACGGCAAGGUAACGGCGAUUCUCGGGAACUGGUUCAAGAACGCUGUUUCGAAACAGCAAGUGGUCUACGCUGAGUCAUACGAUGUGUCAACUGUGGAGAUUUCGUCGUUCCAAUCGCUCUGUGCGUUGUUGUGGCGAGCGGUGACUCGUGCGAGGAGAUUGAACCCAUCGAAAACGACGACGUUCAGAAUGGCAGUGAAUUGCCGGCACAGGUUGAAACACAAGCUUGACCCGUUUUACUUCGGCAACGCGAUUCAAAGCAUUCCAACUUACGCGUCAGCCGGUGACGUAUUGUCACGUGAUCUGCGAUGGUGCGCGGAACAACUGAACAAGACCGUGAUGGCGCACGAUGACUCUACCGUACGAGGCUUUGUACAGGAUUGGGAGCGCAGCCCGCGGUGCUUCCCGUUAGGAAACUUCGACGGUGCAUCAAUCACUAUGGGUAGCUCUCCGAGAUUCCCGAUGUACGAUAACGAUUUCGGGUGGGGCCGACCUUUGGCGGUUAGGAGUGGAAGGGCCAACAAAUUCGAUGGCAAGAUCUCCGCAUUUCCAGGGCGGGAAGGCGGUGGCACCGUUGAUCUUGAGGUGGUUCUGGCCCCAGAGACGCUAGCUGGGAUCGAAUGUGAUGCGGAGUUCAUGCAGUAUGUGUCGCGUUAGUGGGAGCAUGGAAUUAACGGCGGUGAUGAUCUUUUCAUAAUUUGAUUCUGGCCGUUGCAUUCAGGAGAUCUGUGUAUGUGUAUCAGUGUAUGUGGGGAACUCAUUUGGACGUUGUUGGGAUGUGGAUAAGGAGUGUUAGUUUUUCGAAAAUGAUAAAAUAGUUGAUAUGAAAGUUAUUCCAGCCGUUGAAUUAGAUGUUCAGCAUUGAAUUCAUGUGGUCUACAUGUUCACACGAUGCAUAUAAAAUUAUGUGUACACUCAACAGUCGGGAUAAUUACAAUAUCAAUUGUUGGAUCCAUAUCAUUUUGUUUUUUGUUUUUGGUUUUUGUCGUCUUUUUAUGUGACAUAAAUUUGGAAUUUAUUUAAAAUCUAGAGUUAA